AUGAAUUGGAACUUGGAAGAGGUUAAGCAUAUCCUACUUGAGGCUGAGAAGGAGAUCCUGUCCAUCAGACCUAGCAAGUUUGGCGCAACAGACCGGUAUAUGUGGCUACUUACAAAAUCGGGCGAAUACACAGCAAAAUCUGGAUACCAGGCAGCAUCUAUGAUGUCUUCCAAACACCUAAUCCAUAGUGAUUGUCUCGAAGGAUUUAACUGGGAAAAAGAGGUUUGGAAUUUGGCUUGCCUACCAAAGAUCAAAUUCUUCUUAUGGAAGCUGAUGAAAAAUGCACUGCCUACGAGAGCCAAUCUCUGUAGUCGUGGAAUUAAUCUGUCUGCUACCUGCCCAUUAUGUGGACAAGAUGAAACCCAACUCCACCUUUUCUUUCACUGCAACUUUGCGAAACAUAUUUCGAGCCAAGCACCGGUCAAAUACCAAUUACACACAUCAAGUAUUACGCAUAUACGCGUAGGGAUUGAAGGUUCCCGAAAACUUAUCUGGCUACCACCAACGGGACUCACUGAUGGAGCUUUUGGAGCCUGGCUCCUUUGGAUGAUAUGGACAAGCCGAAAUAAGCUGCAGUUCGAAAACAAAUCGAUAAAACCAAUAGAAGCUAUACCCCAAGCCGUUGACCAGACCCGAGAAUGGAACCAUAACCAAUCCCCUAAAAGCCUUGCGAUACAGAUCCCAAUCCCACAGGUAGGAGGAGAGGUGGAUUCGAGCACUGUUCGAUGCUUCAUGGAUGCAGCGUGGAGAGAAGACUCUCAGAAUGCCGGUUUUCGCUGGAUCUUUAGUGAAAACCUCCUGAGCCCCGAAAGACACGGCCAUGCAAGCUCCCAUUAUAUUCGAUCUCCUCUAAUGGCUGAAGCGAUUGCUAUGCUCAUAGCGAUCCAACAUGCCUCUGAACUUUGCUAUCGGAAACUUCUAUUCGCCUCUGAUUCACAGCAGUUGAUCAAUGCGUUAAACUCGGAUCUUCCUUUGAAGGAGAACCAUGGGAUUCUCCAAAAUAUCCUUGGAGUGGCUUCAAGUUUUGAGGAAAUCUCAUUCACCUUCAUACUUCGAGAGAAGAAUCGACGAGCGGAUGAGAUUACGAAAAACUCUAUAUCUUCCCUUUUGUCUUAA